UGCCCGAGGAGACCACAGCGCCUGGAGCCCCGGCCGUCUUCUCCAGGAGGCUCUGUGGCUCUGUUGAGAAUCAUGCUCGGGCAUCUCGUCUGUUGGCACCUGCUGGCUUUCUUUUUCCUCCCAUUUUGCCUGUGUCAAGAUGAAUACAUGGAGGUGAGCGGAAGAGCUAAUAAAGUGGUGGCGAGAAUAGUGCAAAGCCACCAGCAGACUGGCCAUAGCGGCUCCAGGAGGGAGAAAGUGAGAGAGCGGAGCCAUCCUAAAACUGGGACUGUGGAUAAUAACACUUCUACAGACCUAAAAUCCCUGAGACCUGAUGAGCUACCGCACCCCGAGGUAGAUGGCCUAGCCCAGAUCACCCCAUUCUGGGGCCAGUCUCCACCAUCCGGAGGACUGCCCCCAGACUGCAGCAAGUGUUGCCAUGGAGAUUACGGCUUCCGAGGCUACCAAGGGCCACCUGGACCUCCUGGCCCCCCUGGCAUUCCAGGAAAUCAUGGGAACAAUGGCAAUAAUGGAGCCACUGGCCAUGAAGGGUCCAAAGGUGAGAAAGGAGACAAAGGUGACCUGGGGCCAAGAGGGGAACGAGGGCAGCAUGGCCCCAAAGGAGAGAAGGGCCACCCGGGGAUUCCACCAGAACUGCAGAUCGCAUUCAUGGCUUCUCUGGCAACUCACUUCAGCAAUCAGAACAGUGGGAUUAUCUUCAGCAGUGUUGAGACGAACAUUGGAAACUUCUUUGAUGUCAUGACUGGUAGAUUUGGGGCCCCAGUAUCAGGUGUGUAUUUCUUCACCUUCAGCAUGAUGAAGCACGAAGAUGUUGAGGAAGUGUAUGUGUACCUCAUGCACAACGGCAACACAGUCUUCAGCAUGUACAGCUAUGAAACAAAGGGGAAAUCGGAUACAUCCAGCAACCAUGCAGUCCUGAAGCUGGCCAAAGGAGACGAGGUCUGGCUGAGGAUGGGCAAUGGCGCUCUUCACGGGGACCACCAACGCUUCUCUACCUUUGCAGGCUUCCUGCUCUUUGAAACUAAGUAAAUAUUUGAAUAGACCAGAUCCACUUUGGGGAAGACUUGUAGCAAGCUGGUAUUGUUAAUAAUAUGAUCUGAGGGACAUUAGAGUUGAGGGUUCUACGUGUUGUGUUUUUAAAAUUUUUGUAUUGGUUACAUUGCUAAUCAUGCUACAGGUACAUCAUUAAUGUGGGAUGACUCAGGGGCUCAGAAGAAUAAACCACAAAACAGCUUUCCCAAGUGCCCUUGACUAGUAUACUUAGCACGUUUACCACUCUUCCCUUGGCACCUAAAAGAAAAUUCCUCUCUUGAUACAGGUUGGAAAUAAUUAUUCCCAUCAGAGAAGUCAUUCAUAAAGGGUUUGGGCUGCUCUGUUUUUAAUUUACUAGCAGGUUUCAGGAACCCCUGAGGUUUUGGGUUCAUCAUUAUAACUUUUCAGAGAAUAGGAUGCAGUGAUUAUGAUGGUGACGAGGCAAGAACAGGGGCACUUGCCAGGACUGAGGUACCAGAAACAUUUGUGAAGCCUACACUGGGAAAUAACACUUUGAUCCAGUGGGUCAAUAUUCAUGAGUAAAGUACAGAAAUUUUUUAGUAACUCCAGAUAGCUUUUAGAUAGCAAAAGUAUUCACAAUGCCCACAAAUAAUCGACGUCUCCUUUUUUUUUUUUUAUAAGGAUACUGCUGUAAUUAAAUCUUAA